UCCUCUUCACCACUGUAGGCGAAGGCAACAGGUGUCAUCCAGUCGUCAUAUCCAUAGCCACGAACCUUCCCCAAAAAAUGGAUGGCAUGAACGUGGACGGCGUAAACAAGGAUACAAGGGAGGUGCUCGAACUCGACGUCCAGCAUUCGAGUUUGGGGCGGGGGGAGCAGCGCGAGUACCCACCAGCUUUGGCACUCAUGGCCAGCAGUGACCCACGCGCCUGGCUGGCUCCCGUGCAGGCUGGCACCUGCACGGCACACGCCGAGUACCUGCUGCACUCGCCCGGCUCGAGCACGGAAGGCGUGUCCUCAUCCUCAAACUUCAGGAAGAGCAGCAAGAGUCCUGUCAAAGUGUGUCGACUUAAGGGAGCGGAUGAGAGCCGACAGCGGGCUCCAUCCAGCAAAUCAACCAACGGUGUGCAGAAGCAGAGGCGAAUGGCUGCCAAUGCAAGAGAGAGACGGAGGAUGCACGGAUUGAACCACGCGUUCGACGAGCUGCGCAGCGUCAUCCCAGCCUUCGACAAUGACAAGAAGCUCUCCAAGUAUGAAACCCUACAGAUGGCCCAGAUCUACAUCAACGCCCUGUCAGACUUGCUUGAGAGCCCCGGUGCUAAAGCUGACCCGCCAAACUGCGACCUGAUGUCUGCCAAUGUUUUCGAAGAUGAGCGCUCACCCAGAGGAUCGCCGGGCGUCUGUCGGAGAGGUACGGGAUCAAGUUUUCCCGUUCAGCUGUCGGGUAUACCAUAUCAGUUUGAGGACGGAACAUUCGCCUCUUUUAUGGAGCAGGACAUUCAGUCUCCAUCCGGUACCAGCAAAUCCGGUUCGGAGGGCAACAAAGACUCGCCGCGGUCGAACCGGAGCGACGGAGAGUUUUCCCCGCACUCGCACUUCAGUGACUCGGACGAAACGCACAUGGAGCUGCAGAGCGAAGACGAGCUCUCUGAACUGAAACUGCCCAACCACCGCUCUUUUUAGAGACACAAGACUGUCUAUCAAUCGUGUCAAUGUUGCCUUUGCCCAAUAUGUCCAUUGUAAUGGGUUGCUUUAUUUAUCCAUUUGAUUGGUUUCAGAACUUUGUUUAAUUGUACGCCAAUAGAAGUAAUUGCCUUUUCGUGACAUUGACCAGACCCCUAUGCCAUGUGAACUGCCGUGAGCAGCAGUGCCAUGGGCUCAAAUGUCAUGCAUUAAACUGUCUUCCGUAAAAUAGUUUGACACUGUUUAUUCCUAAGUGAUUGUCAUGGGCCUAUUUCAUAUAGAUACGAUUGAUGAUAGCUUUGAACCCUGUAAGAAUUUGCAACUUCUAAAGUUUACGUGCACUUUAUAACGGGCCAUAGGCUUGAGAAUUUUUUUAUGGAAAUUUUGUGUUUGUGUAGAAGUAAUGCCAAUUUGAUGAUUAUAUUUAAUAUAGCCAUUAGAUUUUGUACAUUCGUUGAUUUUUAAUAUCGGUUUUCAUUGCAAAUACUUUGUUUUCGGCUUUUGCUAGGAGACUGUAGCUGAAGUAAGCUAUUUAUUUCCCUUUGCCUUGUCUUUUUUUUG